AUGGCUCGCUUCGCGAGGCGGAGCACCGGCUCCUCAUCAUGGUAUCCUGUCUUCCUCCUUCUAGCGGUCCUCAUAUGUCCUCUUGCCCUCCUUAGUCCCGCCAACGCACAGUCAGAAGAGCAAGCCCCCCUAAGGGAAGAUCUUGGAGAUGUCAUUGGCAUAGAUCUUGGUACCACGUAUUCGUGCGUGGGGGUCAUGCAAAAUGGAAAAGUCGAAAUCAUCGUAAAUGAUCAAGGACACCGAAUUACCCCAUCCUAUGUAGCAUUCAACGACGAAGAGCGGCUUAUCGGAGACGCCGCGAAGAAUCAAUACGCUUCAAAUCCCAGGAGAACUGUCUACGACGCCAAACGCUUGAUUGGCCGCAAAUGGGCGGACAAGGAUGUCCAAGCUGAUCUCAAGCACUUCCCCUUCAAGGUGUCAAACGCCGGUGACAAGCCGGCAAUCACUGUCGAUGUCAAAGGCAAGGAUAGAACUUUCUCGCCUGAAGAAAUCUCGGCUAUGGUUUUGGGAAAGAUGAGGGAUGUCGCUGAGAGCUAUCUUGGGAAACCAGUCAAGAACGCGGUUGUCACUGUUCCCGCCUAUUUCAACGAUAAUCAGAGACAAGCCACCAAGGACGCCGGAAUCAUCGCUGGCCUCAACGUCAUCCGUGUUGUCAACGAGCCAACCGCAGCAGCUAUCGCCUAUGGUCUUGAUCGUACGGGAGGGGAGCGUCAAAUUAUUGUCUACGAUCUUGGCGGCGGUACAUUCGAUGUGUCUCUCUUGACAAUCGAUGACGGCGCUUUCGAAGUCCAGGCAACAGCUGGUGAUACCCAUCUUGGUGGUGAAGAUUUUGAUCAGAGAAUUAUUAACUACUUCACCAAGAGAUACAACAAGGAAAAGAACGUCGAUAUCACGAAAGAUCUCAAGACAAUGGGCAAGCUGAAGCGCGAAGUUGAGAAGGCGAAGCGAACCCUCUCUAGCCAGAUGUCCACUCGCAUUGAAAUCGAAAGCUUCCAUAAGGGUGUAGACUUUUCAGAGCAGCUCACAAGGGCCAAAUUUGAGGAAUUGAACAUGGAUCUCUUUAAGAAGACUCUCAAACCUGUUGAGCAAGUCCUCAAGGACGCUAAGGUUAAGAAGAAUGAGAUCGACGACAUUGUCCUGGUCGGCGGUUCGACUCGUAUUCCUAAGGUCCGAGCUAUGUUGGAAGAAUUCUUUGGCGGCAAAAAGGUCAGCCAGAACAUCAACCCCGAUGAGGCCGUCGCAUAUGGCGCCGCUGUUCAAGGUGGUGUCCUCUCCGGCGCCGAAGGAACCAAAGAGGUCAUUCUCAUGGAUGUCAAUCCAUUGACUCUUGGAAUUGAGACCACUGGUGGUGUCAUGACCAAGUUGAUCCCUCGCGGAACCAGCAUCCCAACUCGGAAGAGCCAGAUAUUCUCGACUGCCGCUGAUAACCAGCCGGUAGUCUUGAUCCAAGUUUUUGAGGGCGAGCGUUCUAUGACUAAGGACAAUAACCUUUUGGGCAAAUUCGAUCUUACUGGCAUUCCACCAGCUCCUCGUGGCCAACCUCAAAUCGAAGUGUCAUUUGAACUAGACGCAAAUGGAAUUCUCAAGGUUUCGGCAGGCGACAAGGGCACUGGUAAAUCCGAGAGUAUCACAAUCACCAACGACAAAGGCCGCCUAUCUCAGGAGGAGAUUGAUCGCAUGAUCGCUGAGGCUCAGGAGUUCGCCGAGGAAGACAAGGCUACCUCAGAUCGUAUUCAAGCUCGCAACGGCCUCGAGAACUACGCUUUCUCCAUUAAGAAUCAAGUCGCUGACGAGGAAGGUCUUGGUGGCAAAAUUGACGAAGACGACAAGGAGACUCUAUUGGAGGCCGUCAAAGAAACAACAGAUUGGCUGGAAGAGAAUGCGGCGGACGCUACAAGUGAAGAUUUCGAAGAGCAAAAGGAGAAGCUGAGCAAUGUCGCCUACCCCAUCACCUCGAAACUUUACAGUGGAGGUGCUCCCGGCGAAAGCACUGGCGAGGAAGAAGAAGACGAGGAGUCAGGUCACGACGAGCUCACAAGAACCUUCACAAUGGGCUCUACAGAGCGUCCCGAACCCCUCCGCUUAGGUUCCACUGCUCCCAACUUCAAUGCAGACACAACGAACGGCCCCAUCGAUUUUCAUGAUUUCAUUGGUGACAAAUGGGUAGUCUUAUUCUCUCACCCUGAGGAUUAUACACCUGUUUGCACAACGGAACUCGGCGCAUUCGCGAAGCUAGAGCCCGAGUUCACAAAACGAGGGGUCAAACUCAUCGGCUUGUCCGCCAACACCGUGGACUCGCACGGUGGCUGGGUGAAGGAUAUCAACGAGAUUUCGCAGACAAGCCUCAAGUUCCCGAUCAUCGGAGAUAAGGAACGGAAGGUCGCAUACGCUUAUGACAUGCUUGACCACCAAGAUAUCACGAAUGUGGAUCAGAAAGGCAUCGCCUUCACUAUCCGCUCCGUCUUCAUCAUUGAUCCAGCCAAGAAGAUCCGCUUGAUUCUUAGCUACCCGGCUAGCACAGGACGAAACACCGCAGAGGUACUGAGGGUAGUGGAUUCGUUGCAGACGGGGGACAAGCAAAAAGUCACGACUCCAAUCAAUUGGGUACCCGGGGAUGAUGUGAUUGUUCACCCAAGCGUCAAGACGGAGGAUGCGAAGGCGAAAUAUCCAGACCUGAAGAUUGUGAAGCCGUACCUAAGAUUCACGCCACUGCCGAGAGAGCAAACGAGUGCCGCUGUAUAA